GACGCCCACACGACGCGACAUAAUUCCGACAUAGAAAACGUUUUCAUCGCGUAAGAGAAAUGUAAAAGUUAUAAGCCAAAAAGAAAACAAAGAUUUUAUAUAAAUAAAAUAAAAAAAUAAAACAUCAAAUAAAAAUGUCAGCUACAGAUAUUCAAAAAAAAUCUGAAACUUUACAAAAACAAUCGUCUCCACGUUUACCUUAUUACCAAAUCAAUCCAAGUUAUACUUUACGUGUCGUCUGUUGUGUUUUAUUCAUAUUUAUAACCGAAAUUUUACUUGCCCAUUACGUUUAUCGGUUGAUAUCUAGCGAAGUUCGCGAGGAAUUUUUAUUAAAACGCGAUUUUGAAACAGAUUUUUAUAAAAUUUUUCAUAGCACGGCGACACGAGAUGAAAUUGUAAAAAUUUUAAAAGAGUACGAAGCGUUAAAGAGUUCUAAUCAUACGAGACGUAAACGGUUUAUUAACGAUAAUAAUGAAAAUAUUUUAAAUCUUGCUGAAAAUGAUGGUGUUGCAAACGAUGGUGGUUUAGAUUUUUAUAGUUUAAGACGCGUUCGACAAUUAAAAGGAACUGUUAAAGGUGAAGAUGCAACUUCUUCGACAUCAGCCACUAAAGAUGGUGAUGUUUGGUUAACCAGUCAUAAUAGAAUAUCGCAUGCCGAUAUGCAAACGUUUUGCUUAGCAGCGAAAAAUUACUGUCCGUCCCCAAGGCCAGGUCCUAAAGGAGAAAAAGGCGAAACGGGAUAUCCAGGAAUUCCAGGUCCAAUAGGACCCCGAGGUGAACGUGGUCUUCCAGGUAUUAAAGGUGAUCAAGGAAGACCCGGUUUAGAUGGAAGAGAUGGGAUUCCAGGUGAGCCGGGUUUUGAUGGGAUGCCUGGUAGAAAUGGACAUGAUGGUCUUCCUGGGAUAGAUGGAAAACCGGGAAAUUCCGGAGUAAAUGGGAGAAAUGGAACGGAUGGUCGACCUGGAUUGCCAGGACCUCAAGGUCCACCCGGACCACCAGGAUCAAAAGGACUCUCAGGGCCUCGAGGACGACCCGGGCGCAGCGGCAAAGAUGGGACCCCUGGUAUUCCCGGUAUUAACGCCUGGAGAUAUGGAAACGAUUCAAAAUUACUUAUUCCACCUUCCAUAGCAACAGGCAAUUUUUCAACUGGUAAACCAAUUGGUCCUAUAAUCGUUGAAGAAGGUGAUAAUAUCACUUUGAGUUGUGCAGCUUCAGGAUCACCAAGACCACACGUUGAAUGGAGACGAUUAGAUCAUUUACCCAUAAAAAGUGGACCUUGGGAAGAUGCUUCAGUUUCUGGUCACUCUUUAAACAUCACAUUUGUGAGUAGAAUUCAUAUGGGUUUAUAUGAAUGUAUAGCAGAUAAUGGAGUGCCACCUCAAGUAAACCAAACGUUUUUAUUAGAAGUUAACUUUAAACCAAGAAUAUCAAUAUAUAAUAACCAAAUAGGGGUUUCAUAUGGUGUGACGGCAGUUUUAGAAUGCGAAGUUGAAGGUUUUCCCGAACCUAUACGAUUUUGGGAACGAGCAGAUGGAAAACUUCUCGAACAUGGAGACAAAUACAAAAUUAAUGAUACGGUUAAACAAGAACGAUACAAGUAUUUGAUGCAAUUGAACAUAACGAAUGUUGAUAUCUACGAUAUAACGACGUAUUAUUGUGGUGCAAAAAAUCAUUUGGAUUUUUUGCCAACCAAAAAUAGUUUAGAAGUCUACGAAUUAAAACCUGGGUCGAAAGCUAGACCUAUGGAAUCAUCAGCAGUUGGUCCUGCACCACCUAAUAGAACCGCAAUAGAGCAUCGUUGUCCAGACCCUCAUUGUGACAUUUGUGUGAAUCCUAAAGUGUGCAAAGAAACAGGAGUUUCAUUACUGGAUUUAAUCGAAAAAUGGGAUGUCAGGCCAUAUGUUGGUUUCGAAAAUUACUCGAUACCAAAAAAUCGAUCUACCGAUUGUGUAUUAUACGCAAUUGGAAAACCGGUUUAUCAUCGAUUCACAAAUCAAACUUUCGGAUCUUGGAUGAAAGAUGCAACUCAAGAUGGUGAUAGUGAAAAAUAUUGGUCAACAAGCGAAUACGAUUCAAGUCACUUGAAGGAAUUUAAAAAUAAAGGAGAAUUCAGAAAAGAUUCUCCAUCAAAAAAGCACGAUUUACAUCCCCCAUUUAGAGGAAAUGCACACGUCGUCCACAACAAUUCCUUUUAUUACGCGGCCAAAAACUCACCGAACGUCGUCAAAAUGAACCUAGCCGACGGAAAUACGCAGUCAAAGGACGUUCCUCUGUUAACGGCAAACACCUCCAACUAUUUGUACUCGGCGAAGCAUAAUUACAUGGACUUUAGCGUGGACGACAAUGGCCUGUGGGUCAUUUUCGGAGUUCCAGACUCCAAUAAUACUGCUGUUAUGAAGAUGAAUCUUUACAAUUUAUCAAUCGAAUACAUAUGGAACAUCAGUUUAAAUCAUCAAAGGGUUGGAGAUAUGUUCGUCGUUUGUGGGGUUUUAUACGCAAUAGACAGUAUUCAAGACAGAGAAUCAAAAAUAAGAUUUGCGUUUGAUUUGUAUAAAAACACAUUGCUCGAUGUUGAUUUAAAAUUUACAAAUCCAUUUAGAUUCACAUCAAUGGUUGGAUAUAAUCAUAGAAAUAAGGAGCUUCUCACGUGGGACAAAGGUAACCAAUUAACUUAUCCGGUAAGAUACCAUGAGAUAGGUUACGCCAAAGAAGAUAAACUGGAAAUGGCUGACAAUUCCGAAUCUCGAAUUUAUACAGGAUUUAACAUAAAUCCCCAUUGAAAUUAAAAAAAAAUUUUGAAGAAGCGUGAAAAAGAAAAUUAAAAGUAAAUCAAAGCAGACUGAAGAGUGACUCUCAAAAAUUAAAUUAUCUUUGUAAAUAAAUAACGUUUUUAAAGUAGUAGAAUUAUGUAAAUUGUUUAAAAAAAAUAAUUAACAAAUUCUUUAGAAGUGUGUAUUAUGUGUGAAACAAUGUGUUAAUAAUAAAAGAAUUUUGUAAAAAGAA